AUGACAGCCCUUGCACCAUACGCCAAUGAUCACAAGGAUCCCAACGGGGAAGGGGAUGCGCGCCCGACAGCACUCAAGAUUAUCCGUGACCAAGGCCUCGAUGGCAAGCUCCGCGGUAAAGUGUUUCUGAUCACGGGCUGCAGCGCCGGCAUCGGGGUCGAGACGGCGAGGGCUAUUCAUGCCACGGGUGCAGAUGUCUAUAUGACUGGUCGUAACCAAGAAAAAGGGCAGCAAGUGGCCGACAAGAUCGCAAGAGAUGGCCAACCAGGCAAAGUGGUCUUUUUGGAACUGCAGCUCGACUCUAUUGCCAAAGUUCGAGAAGCGGCGGCCAACUUUCGGAAGCUGAGCGAUGUUCUGAACGUCCUAAUCUGCAACGCUGGUGUCUCGUUUCAACCCAAAACUACUACUAAGGACGGCCUAGAGCUCAACUUCGGUGUCAACCACAUUGGGAAUUUCGUCCUUUUCCAAGCGCUAAAGGACCUUCUUCUAGCCUCUGCCACCCCAGAAUUUUGCUCUCGCGUCGUCAUGGUCUCGUCCAGGACCCACCGGAUUGCGACAAUGGACUUGGAUGACUAUAACUUGGAGAAAAGAGGUUACGCGAACGUGCUAGCAUAUUGCGCCUCCAAGACGGCCAACAUCUGGAUGGCGAACGAGAUAGAGCGACGCUAUGCCUCGAGAGGUUUACAUGCGCUUUCAGUCCACCCGGGGAUGAUCUUCACAGAAAUAAAUCGCGAUGCUGAUGAAACUGUGGAGCAGAUGCAAUUAGACAGACCGGAGAUACUUCGUCAUUUUAAGAGUACGGCGCAGGGGGCUGCCACCACGGUUUGGGCUGCGGUGGGGAAGGAGUGGGAGGGGCGCCCUGGGCGGUACUUGGAAGAUUGUCAAGAGUCGCAACCGGUCGGUGAAGACGGCGAGGACUCAUUGGAGUCGGGAUUAUUGGAGUCGGGGUACUUUCCGCACGCAUACGAUAAGGAAGGAGCAGAGCGGCUGUGGAAGUUGAGUCUAGAACUCAUUCAUGAAUCCGAUGAUGGAGACGAUUGA